GGUUCCUCGAAUUCUUCUUGCCUUCCUUGGUUAAUGUUCUCGAGAUCUCUGGCAAGAUUUACAAAGUUGUCAGCGCAAAGGAAAACGGCCAUCAUGUCGACGACGGCGAGGGCCUCUGCGUCUCCGCCACCAAACCCAGAGGCAAAGCGACCGAGACUUGGAAACGGGCCUAGAAAUGGGGAAUCUCCAAAGCGUUUCAACGGACCAGCAGCUGGAGCUGGAGCUGGAGCAGAGGCAGGAUCCAGUGCGAAAGCCGCCAAGAUGGAGGCCAAGAGGACCGCACACCGGCUCAAGAUGAAACGCAAGGAUCGCGAAAGGACAUUGGCCAAGACGGGAGAGGAGCCCAUCGCAUACGAUAUUCUCGAGAUGCUGGGUGCGGAAAAGGUACAAAGUAUCCUCGCGGCAGGGGCCGCGAAGGAAUUUGAGGACAAGUUUUCGAAGGGAACGGAACUCGAGCUUGUCAUUGAGAGGCUGAGCUCCCACGGGGAUGGGCUCGCCAAGGCGGCCUCGGGAGACUGGGUCGUGGCGGUGCCACGCUGCCUACCCGGCGAGACGGUGCGGGCGAAGGUGUUUGGUAACGAGCGCCUGCACUCGAAGGCCGACCUGGUGGAGAUUGUCAAACCAGCUGCUGAAAGUUCGUCUGCGCCCAUCAAGAGGCAGGACGAGCUGGUUCGCUGCAAAUACUUUUCGUCCUGCUCUGGUUGUCAGUACCAGAUGCUCUCAUACGACACCCAGCUCGCCAUCAAGCAGAACGUCGUCCGACGAGCGUUUGCCAAUUUUGCCAAGCUCGACCCCCUGUUGAUCCCCGACACGCUUCCGACGAUCCCUUCGCCACUGCAGUACAGCUACCGGACCAAGCUGACGCCCCACUUUGAGAUCCCCUUCGAGAUUCGACAGGAGCGACGAAGGACCAGGGGCAAGGAGACGCCCACCUCGUUCUUUUCCGAUGACGUCGACGUGGCCGUCGGCUUCGGCAGGCUGGGUGGAAAGGACGUGCUCGACAUUGAGGAGUGCUCCAUUGCCACGGCAACGAUCAAUGGGGCGCUGCCGGCGGAGCGCCAAAAGGUCAAAUGUGCAAUCAAAUCGUACAAGAACGGCGCAACAGUUCUUCUUCGCGACUCGCUGCGGUCCUUUGAAUCCCUUGCCGAAGACAAGACGACGGAGAACGGCGCCCAGUACGACACGGAAGUCGUCACGAACCACAAGGCCGGCGUCAAGGAGCGGGUCAACGAUACCAAGUUUGACUCGCCCGCGGGAGCAUUCUUUCAGAACAAUCGCAGCAUCCUUCCGUCGCUCCUCGGCUAUGUCCGUGAGCAGAUCAUCUUGCAUUCGACCCCGACACCGACGGCAGACACUGCUGCGGCCGAGUCUGACCAGGAAAAAGCGAGCAGGUACCUCGUCGACGCCUACUGCGGCUCUGGUCUCUUUUCUCUCUGCCUCGCCGAUCUGUUCGAGCAGGUAUCGGGCGUCGAGAUCAGCCAAGACUCAAUCAAGUAUGCAAAAACCAAUGCUGAGCUCAACGGCAUCACCAAUGCACAGUUCCUUGCCGGCAAUGCAGAGGAUAUCUUUGCCAAGAUUGCCUACCCGAGCGACAAGACGACUGUCAUCAUCGACCCUCCCCGGCGGGGCUGCGACGAGGCGUUCAUCCGGCAGCUUCUCGAGCUCGAUCCCUGGCUCAUCGUCUAUGUCAGCUGCAACGUGCAUACGCAGGCCAGGGACGUGGGGCAGAUCGUCCGGGGCCGCAGCGCAGACGGCCAGGAGAGGAGAUACGAUGUGUUGAGCGUCAGAGGGGCCGACCUGUUUCCGCAGACACACCACGUCGAGGGCGUGUGUGUCCUCAAGCGAAGGCAGUAGCCGCGCAGUGUGCAGAGUAGAACAGCUAUAGUCCAAAGCACAUCUUGUAUCGCCUGUCUUCCUGUGAUAUUGAAACACACUUUUUUGCAGUUGCAUGCCAAAGAAGCAGGUGCCCGGCGGGGUGAUGGUGUUCAACCGGGUCCGCAUGGGCAACGGCGAGGGACAAGUGUUGGUACAACACAUAGACAAGCAUCGCCAUUGCGGCCGAACGGAAGG